UACACUUUAUUCAUCCUCCCUGUCAGGAUAAACUCCACUCGUCUCAGUCAACUUUGGACAUUAUUAGGCCCGCUUAGCUUGCUAGUUGUUUUAGCGCGCUAGUUAGCUUAGCAUGCUAGUUAGCUUAGCUUGUUAGCUGCUAACAAAGAGAUGCGGAUUUGAUCAACGCAUCGCUUAGUUAAGAUCAAGUGUGAGCGUAGUGUUGUGAUUGUGUGAAAAUGUGUGAAAGAACGACAGCAGAGUACAAAGAGGAACUUUCUCGGACAAAAGAAGAGAACAAGAGACUACGUCAACUACUGGACGCUGUUUUUAAGAAACCUCAAGUUGUGUUACACAGAACCGACAUCUGUGUAGAACAUCUUCACCCUGAGCAACAGCAGUGGAGCUUCAGGAUGGGGACAGAGGAGCCACAGCCCUCCCACAUUAAGAAGGAAGAGGAAUACCCACUCAUCCCCCAUUUUAAAAAGGAAGAGGAGGACCCACUGACACCCCAUUUUAAAGAGGAAGAGGAGGACCCACUGACACCCCAUUUUAAAGAGGAAGCGGUGGAUCCACUGAGCCCUCACAUUAAGGAGGAAGAGGAGGACCCACUGACCCCUCACAUUAAAGAGGAAGAGGAGGAACACAGCAUCAGUCAGCAGGGAGAGCAUCUUGAAGGACUGGAGGAGGUUGAUGUCACCAAGAUGCCAGUGACUGGUGUCCAAGUGAAGAGUGAAGAUGAUGAGGAGAAGAGAGAGGCAGAGCCUCCAAGCAGCAGCUCAACACAACACAUGACAACAGAAGCUGAUGGAGACCACUGUGGAGGAUCACAAGCAGACAAGAUCUUAGCUCCACUAUCAGAUAACAUCCAUCAGCUGAUUGGACACCGAGAAGAAUGUCUCCCUCAUCUGCAGGGGGACAGUUUCACUUUAGAGGAUCCACAGCCCUCACAUUUUAAAGGGGACGAGGAGGAUCCACAGCACCCGUAUUUUAAAGAGGAAGAGGAGGGAGAGUGUCCUGUAGGGCAGGAGGAGGAUGAUGUCAGCAAGUUUCCACUGACUGUUGUCUCUGUGAAGACUGAAGAGCAUGAAGACAAAGCACCUGAGUCCUCACAGCUUCAUCACAGUCCAAAUGUCCAGCGGGUGUCAGCGGGGAGUCAUGAAGAGGAGUGGCACACCAGUGUGAGACAGAAGGAGCUACAGUCCCCCUCCCACAUUAAAGAGGAGCAGCUUCAUGAUGAAGAUGAAGCUCAGUCCUUACAGCUUCAUCACAGUCAAAGUGAGGAGAACAGAGGGGCGGAGCUUGUAAGUCAACACAUCACAGAAGCUGAUGGAGAGCAUUGUGAAGAUAUAAAGUCAGAACCAGACAGCAUCUUUGCUCCACUGUCAGACAUGGACCACAUGAUGUCACACUCUUCUGAUCACAGUGACCACAUCCAAAAACCUUUGGAGAGUAAAAAUGACUCUAAAGGUGAUACGAGACAUCACACUAACAACAAACACUUUGACUGCUCUGAAUGUGGGAAAUCAUUUAGACAGAAGAGAAAUUUUACAAGACACAUGACAACACAUACUGGAGAGAAACCUUUUACUUGCUCUAUUUGUAAGAAGAGUUUCUCCAGAAAGGGUGACAUGACCACACACAUGAGAACACACACUGGAGAGAAACCUUUUGCUUGCUCAGCUUGUGCUAAAAGAUUCAACACUAAGAAUGACAUGACCACACACAUGAGAAGACAUACUGGAGAGAAACCUUUUACUUGCUCUGUUUGUAAGAAGAGUUUCUCCAGAAAGGGUGACAUGAGAACACACAUGAGAACACACACUGCAGAGAAACCUUUUGCUUGCUCAAAUUGUGCUAAAAGAUUCAACACUAAGAAUGACAUGACCACACACAUGAGAACACACACAGGUGAGAAACCUUUUACUUGCUCUGUUUGUAAGAAGAGUUUCUCCUGUAAGCAAAGCAUGACCACACACACGAGAACACACACUGGAGAGAAACCAUUUUCUUGCUCAGCUUGUGCUAAAAGAUUCAACACUAAGAGGGAAAUUAUAUCGCACAUGAGAACACACACUGGAGAGAAACCUUUUGCUUGCUCAGCUUGUACUAAAAGAUUCAACACUAAGAAUGACAUGACCACACACAUGAGAACACACACAGGUGAGAAACCUUUUUACUUGCCCUGUUUGUAAGAAGAGUUUCUCCACAAAGCAAAGCAUGUCCACACACAUGAGAACACACACUGGAGAGAAAACUUUUGCUUGCUCAGCUUGUGUUAAAAGAUUCAACAAUAAGGAUGGCAUGAUAUCACACAUGAGAACACACACUGGAGAGAAACCGUUUAGUUGCACUGUGUGUGUUAAAAGGUUCAGGUUUAAGUAUCAGGUCAGUAGACACAAGUGUGUAACAGUCAUGGAAGCUGCAGGGAUGUAAAAACACUUAAACGGUGAUUGUGCUAAAUGUAGUUUAAAAACACAGCAUGUUUAAUAAGAAUGUAUAUUUGAUGUUGUAUGUAGUGCUUCUCAUCUUCUAGUCUUAUAUGUUGUCCUGUAGUUACUGUUUAAGUUGUGUGCAUGUAUUGAGUAUUAUAUAUGUAGCUACUAUUUUAUUCUAUCUUCUCAUCUUAGAAGAGAGGACAUCUUAUUAUUUUCAUUGGGUUUUUUUCACACAUUUUUUCCAUUGCAUUUUAUUGAUGUUAUUAUCCAAUUAAAAGUAUGAAUGAAUAAAAUGGUUAACAAAAUGUGGACUCUGGUAGAUUAGCAGCAUUGUUACAUCAUGGAUGUUAACUACUGCAAAACAUCAACAAAGAAGAAAAAUGCUGAAGUUAGCAACACAUCACUGAACUUUAGAGCCAUCGU